GGCACGUGGUAUUAAGACAGGUAAAUACCCGAAUUUGUGCGAUUAAAAUUGUCCUUAAUGAUAACGAGCGCAGUGAUAAUAAACUUUAACCAUGGGGGAUGCAGUGCAAAAAGAAUUCUUCGGUAAAACAUCAAAAGAUGAAGACAUAUACAAGUUCACGCUGAGUAAUAAGAACAAAGUGAGUGUCAGCAUUCUGAACUUUGGUUGUAUUGUCUACGAAAUCAAUCUACCAGACAAGGACGGAAAUGUUGUUGAUGUUAAUCUAGGAUAUGAUAACGUGAAGGAUUAUGAAGGGAAUAAUAACUAUUUCGGAGCCCUGUGUGGCCGAGUGGCAAAUAGGAUUAGCGGUGCUAAAUUCACCCUCGACGGUAAAACCUUUGAGGUAUCAAAGAACGAUCCGUUCGGAGGUCACUGGGUUCAUGGUGGCUUUGUCGGCUUCAGCAGGAGGGUUUGGAACUACGAAAUUAAGAACAAUUCACUGGUACUCAGUUACACAGAUCCUGAUGGUAGCGAGGGGAUGCCCGGGGAGGUGGUAACGCACGUGACAUACACUCUUGACGACGACAACGUACUCACUAUGGACUACAAGGCUACUACCACUAAGCCAACCAUUAUAGAUAUGGGCAGCCAUUUUAUGGUUAACCUGGCGGGGCAUGGCAAAGGGGCAAUAAGGGAUCACGUGAUCAAAAUUGGCUCAGACAGAUAUCUAGAAAUGAUGAGUACAGAUCACCUUCCAACAGGUAAGACAAUUUCGGUGGAGGAAGACAAAGUCAUGGAUUUCCGGCAGCCGAGAUGUGUGGACGGCGACACCCUUGAGAAACUAACUGGUGGUAGAGCGUUCUGUCAUGCAUUCUUGUUUGAUAAGCGGGGAGAGAAAAAAUUCAUGGCAAGGGCAGAACAUCCAGAAAGUAAACGCUAUAUAGAGGUUUAUUCUACAAACACUACCGUGUUCGCAUACAGUAACCACUUCAUGGACGUGAUUGUUGGAGACAAACCUUGCAAGGAGGGCGUGGCUUAUCCAAAAUAUGCCGCCAUUGAGUUCAUGCCAAUGGGUUAUGCGAAUUCUAUUAAUCAGGAGAAUUUUCCACAAUCUGUUGUCAGACCAGGAGAAGAAUACCACGAGACCGCCUGGUAUAAAUUUGGCGUCACGGACUGAAGCGACACCCGGUGGAUUGUUAUUUUUUCAAACAAUUUUACUAAACAUGUUAAAUGAUUCUGUUCAUCGUUAUCGUUGGAAUAGAAGAACAUCUUACUCAUUUGUAUUACUUAUAUUAUUAUUUAUAUUCUACAUGCAAAGAAUAAAUAUUUAUUGAAA